AUGCUCCUCCCAGCUCCGUUAUCAAAAUACGUAUCGUCUCUCAAGUCGCUGAGGCAGAAGUGGCAGGGCCACGCUGCUUCUCGACCAGAGGAUGAUAAAAAUUCACUUUUUGCCAGGCUAGUUACAGUGUUUCUGUCUACCUGGGACCUUGGUUUCACUUCCUUUGGAGGCCCGCCAGUGCAUUUUCGCAUCCUCCAUCAGAGAUUCGUCGAGGGUAAAGGAGUCAAGGAGAAAUGGAUCGAUGAGCAAACUGUGAGCGACUAUCCGAAUUAUUCAUAA